AUGACAAUCUGUACUUAUCUGCACGUAUGUUUGCAUCGGAAGCGGCCAUAUGAAGAUCUGAUGAUGCAAGCCAGGAAGAUUAAGUACGACGUCAUCGGGCUGACCGAGACGAGACGACACCACCCGCUAAGCGCCAUGUAUGAUGCUGGAGAAGAACUGUUCCUAGGAACAUGCGACAGUAGAGGAGUUGGUGGAGUUGAUGUCCUCGUCAACACGAGUACGGCAAAGAACAUCGACUAUUUUGAACGACUUAAGACCCGAAUCGGACGUCUGCAGGUGAGAAGAUGUGGUUCAACGUCAGCUUUAACUAUCUUCGUCGCUUACGCUCCAACAUCAAACCACGAAAAACUCGAAGUUUUCUAUAUGGACCUGGAGAAGUUCUACCGAGAAGAUCAUAUCUUCUACAAGGUCAUGAUUGGGGGAGAGGUUCUCCGAGUUCAUCAUGACGACUAUGACCAUCCAUGGGAAUUCGCAAUUCCAGAAGCCCGCUUCUCUACGCUGGACGUGGGAGUCACUCGGGAGGGAAGGUACCAAACUGAAAUUGAUCACAUCAUCGUUAAUAAAAGGUUUUUCUUGACGGACAUCGCUGUUGUGCCAAAGUUUUAUACGGAAUCGGACCAUCGCCUCCUCUGGGGAAGAUUUUUGUUCACCCGGAAAGAAGAGAAACCCGCGAAGUUUAGAGAGCAAAGUCCCACAACUAUCAUUAACUGGGAUCUCUUCGCUACACUAGCCGACUUUUGGGAAGAUUCCGCAAUGGACAACAUCGAUGAGGAAUACGACCGGCUCGUUGAACAUCUUCACGAAUGCAAGAGGAAGGCUGAAAGUUUUAAAACCACCAAGAGACGCCCGUGUCUCGAAACUUUCGAGCUGAUACGCACGAGGACAAGAACUAGUUCGACAAAGCUUUAG